UACAUAACCUCCUGCUCACGCAACCGGUACGCGAACGCAUCUUCAGUGUGCCCUUGCUUCCCGCACGUCAACCGGCGUUCCCGUCGAACCGGCAUCCAGCCAGCAUCGCGUCGCCGCGCUUUCGCUCUCUCUUUCUCUCUCUUUCUCGUUCUUUCAUCCCGCCUGUCGGCUCGGUUGCGUUUGGCUGCGGCUGCAGCAGCGAAAUCUGACAGCUCACCGCUCCCCGUAGCCACCCGGCCCACCCGUCCUUCGGUGCCCGCACCCACCCUCUCUCUCCACAACCCCUUGCAAACCCGACGACCGGCAGCGAGCCGAGCGAAAAACGCACUGUACGGUUUCCGCUUUGACGCGAUGUCGCUCACUCGUGCACUAACCGCCAUCGUCGCCUCCACGAGGAGCAGCAGCUGCAGCAGCAAUCAAGCGCUCUUACUCGGUGUCGCCUCGAAGUGGUCCUGUUCUGCUAUCAAUAAUAGCUGUGGUGGUGUCGCUGCCGUACUCCGUGCCCGACCGACGCAACAAACGCGCAACUUUGCCAGCAAGAUGAGUCUGCCCCGUUGCUUCUUCGACAUGACCGUCGACAACCAGCCGCUCGGCCGGAUCGUCAUUGAGCUCCGCCCCGACGUCGUGCCGAAGACGUCCGAGAACUUCCGCGCGCUCUGCACCGGCGAGAAGGGCUUCGGCUACAAGGGUUCGAUCUUUCACCGCGUGAUCCCGAACUUCAUGUGCCAGGGGGGCGACUUCCAGAACCACAACGGCACCGGCGGCAAAUCGAUCUACGGCAACAAGUUCGAGGACGAGAACUUCAUCCUGAAGCACACCGGCCCGGGCAUCCUGUCGAUGGCGAACGCCGGCCCGAACACGAACGGCUCGCAGUUCUUCAUCACCACCGUGAAGACGUCCUGGCUGAACGAUCGCCACGUGGUGUUCGGCAGCGUGGUCGAGGGCAUGGACGUGGUGCGAAAGAUCGAGUCCUUCGGCUCCCACUCGGGCAAACCGUCGAAGCAGAUCACCGUCGCCAACUGUGGUCAGCUGUAAAAUUCUUAUAACAUAUAUAGCAGAGGGGAGGGGGAGAGCAAGGGAGAAGAAGGAGAAGGAGGAGAGGUUAGAAGCAGAAGAAAAAGCAGAAAGAGAUAGAGCAGCCAGAGGAUAACAUUGCAUAGUUUUUUCCAGUUUUUUUUUGUAUCCAACACACAUUUUUUCCACAAAACGCGCGCGUACCCCUCCCCCCCAUUCCCUUCUAAUCCAUUUUGGGUUUGUUGUGCGCAGGGGGGGGGGGGAGGUGGAUGGGAAUUUCCUCCCCUCUUUUUUUUGUUUGGUUCCGUUUUGGCGUGUUGUGUGACAUUGAGGGGGAAGGACAUGGGAGGUGAAUAGCAGUGGUAGUAGUGUGCCAGGUGUGUAGGGCACACUCCUGGUCCAUUAUUUGCGUUCUCCCAUACCCCCACCCCCUGGCGCUGGUGUACCAUCAUGUGCGCGCACUGAAAUUAGCUUCGAAAUAUUCCCUGCAGUUGUGCGCUAACCUGUCAAUGAUUCCUUUUCGGUUUUGGAAGUGCAACAACAGGCAAGAAACCAACAAAAAAAAAAACACAUUAUUAAACGCCCAUUACAUACUCUCACAACAAACGCUCUCACGCACACGCACACACAUGUUCACACCCAACACACUCGAGCGACAAAGCAAGGAAGAGAAAGGCGCGCCUUAGCAAGGGAAACAGAAAAGGGUUACGGAAUAAUUGCUAAUUAGAAUGGGAAGAUGCAUCUCUCCCUUGUGGGAGAGCGCCUACCCGUUGCGGAUCUCUUUCCGAUCGAGGUUGGGGAAAACCGGGGCAGAAGGGAAGACUAGGAAGAGGAGUGAGGUGUAAAUGUCACCUUUUCUCCACCCCGCAGAUGAUCGCGUAUCGUCAUCCUCGAACCUCGUGUUACGUAACCCCAUGCAUUUUAGCGUGUGUGUGAGUGUGUGUGGCGUGCGUCUGUGGGGAUGUCACGCUAAAAAAAACCUAUUACUACUACUACUACUACUACCUUCACUACAUUUCUUUAACAAGGACAAAAAUAAAGAGUAAUAAUGGUAAACAAGAA